UGAGAUUGCCGAGGUCGAGGACCGGGCAUGAUUCGAUUUGGGUAAUUGUGGAUCGCCUUACGAAGUCUGCCCACUUUCUGCCAGUCCGGACGACAAUGAAGGCUAGUCAGUAUGCCGAGUUGUUCGUGGACGAGAUAGUUAAGCUUUAUGGGGUUCCCGUUGAGAUCGUGUCUAAUCGAGAUGCGAAGUUCACGGGCCAGUUCUGGAGGACAUUGCACCGAGCCAUGGGGACAAGGCUGGAAUUCAGUACAACUUUUCAUCCACAGACAGAUGGUCAGUCGGAGCGGACGAUCCAAUACUUGGAGGAUAUAUUGAGGGCUGUGGUAUUGGACCGUAGCCUAACUUGGGAGAGUGCCUUGCCUUUGGUCGAGCUGACUUACAACAAUAGCUACCACUCCUCGAUCAAGAUGGCCCCGUUCGAGGCUUUGUAUGGACGGAAGGUCCGAACACCCUUGUACUGGGAUGAGGUUGGGGAGAGGAAGAUUAUGGGUCCGGAGUUCAUUCAUAGAGCUUCGGAGACAGUUGAGGCUAUCCGGAAGCAUAUCCGGUUUGCCCAAGAGAGGCAGAAAGUCUACGCCGACCGGGAAAGGCAAGAGCAUGUGUAUGCAGUUGGAGAUCACGUCUUCCUGAAGGUCUCGCCCAUGAAGGGUGUGAUUCGCUUCGGGAAGAAGGGGAAGCUUAAACCACGUUAUAUUGGACCCUUCGAGAUCCUUGCCCGAGUCGGAAACUUGGCUUAUCGGCUGGCUUUACCACCUAGCUUGUCGGGCGUACAUGACGUGUUUCACGUCUCGAUGUUGCGGAGAUACGUGCAUGAUCCCGGUCACGUGGUGGACUUCGGCGAACUGCAGGUCGAGCGAGACCUUACCUACGAGGAGGUACCAGUAGCUAUUUUGGACCAGAAG